AUGAAGUGGUUCACUUCCGCGACGAGCUUACUCCUCCUCGGAUCCGCCGCAUCUGGUCUCGCCGUAGCUGCCUCCGACAGUGGCGCCCAUCACAGCGAGACCAAACCGUGUGUGGCCCGCUCUCCAUUGAGCGGCCUCUUCUUCGAUCUCAAUGCGAUCUCUCUGGCCCCUCCUGAACUCAAAAAGGGCAAACCCGUCAAGGACGCACGCGAGGAAAGCUGGCACGCCCGAGGGCACGACUACCCCGCAAAUUUCACUCUCAACAUCUGCGCGCCCGUCAUUGAGAAGCUUGAGGAUGUUGUCGGAGUAGAAAAAUCUCGGUGGCAGAAUGUUAGCGCAUAUUAUGAGCAGGCUGGCAAGAUCUACUCAAUUGGGCAACAAGCAGCUGAGCCCUUCUUCCGGGGUCGCAAACUUGUCCUCAACUAUACAAAUGGCUCUCCAUGUCCCGAUGACGUGGAGGCGGCCGGCAAAAACGCCUCGGCGCGCACCAAGUCCACCAUCAUGUCCUUCCUCUGCGAUCGCGAUGCGCCGGCGAACACGGCUACGCCCUCCUUUGUCGGUACCAUGGACUCGUGCACAUACUUCUUUGAGGUCCGCAGCUCUGCCGCAUGUGGUGGAGUGGCCGCGGACCCGAGUGCUGGUGGGUUGGGACCAGGUGGUGUUUUCGGUGUCAUUGUGCUUAUCGCAGUAGCUGCUUAUCUUGUCGGUGGCUGCGCAUACCAACGGACGGUUAUGCAUCAGCGCGGCUGGCGUCAGUGUCCUAAUUUCAGCCUUUGGGCUGGAAUGUUUGAUUUCAUCAAGGACAUGCUUGUCAUUCUUUUCUCCUCCUUGGGCAGAUGUCUGCGACUCAACCGAUCUUCCUCCAGUGGUGGCUAUACGCGUGCCGACGGCGACGGCCGUGGUGGUUUUAUCGGCGCAUUCGGCGGUCGAGGUGGCGCUGGUUCCGGCGGCCGCCGUGAUGUCGAUGCUGAGAAUCGACUUAUAGAUCAACUUGACGAGGAGUGGGAUGAUUGA